GCGCAGUGUGAGUGAUGCUUGCAACUCUUGAUAUGACUGCAAGGUCCUGUUUCAAUCAGUGGCGUCAGCCGGACGCACGACACCAACUUAAACUGCUUCACCUUCUUCUCCCGAACAACGUAAAUAUUGAGCUGCAAAGCGAGGCACUGCGGACCUACUUUUUGUGGGGGGAGGUUUUAAUUUGAAAGUGCUUCGCUGGAUUUGAAGAAUAUCCCUCGUCGUGUCACUUUGAGGGUCCGACGGACAGACGGAUUUUUUCGCUUUUACCACGAAUUGGAGAUUAAAAAAAAAAAAAGAAGAGGAAGAAAACUUUUUUUCUUCUCUUAUUUUGGGUGGUUAGAAAAGGAGACCCGCCUAUGACCUUACCCUCUUACAUUAAUGCAACAUUUACCGGAUACAGGGUUAUUUGAUACAGUGUCUGGAUCUUUAUCGACUUGGAAUUAUUCCUCUUUUCUUUGAAUGCGUUGCAAAUAUGAUGAUGUCACCGAGGCCACUUUUUCCUGAAGUUAUGGCGGAGCACAACUUUUUUAACUUCUCAUGACUAUUGUAAGCACUCGGCUUUACUAAUGGCGCACCCUCAGGGAGUGUGGAAGAGCCUGAGCAACGGUUUCGGAAUGAAAGACUCUCCGUUUGAGGGCCCCUGCCUUUCUCCGACCAUAGUCCAGGGCUAUCCCUGCCAGCGUCGCUCCUCAGAUGACAGCAAGAUGCCCGACUCAAAGGCUAGCAGCACUAUCCGUGUCUACCUCCCAAACCAGCAACGCACUGUGGUAAACGUGCGACCAGGUAUGACUCUUUACCACUGCCUGAUUAAAGCACUGAGGGUGCGGGGCCUGCAGCCUCAGUGCUGCGCUGUCUUCAGGCUGAAUUCAGGACAGGGGAGUAGAAAAUCACGGAUGGAUUGGAAUACCGAUUCAACUUCACUAAUUGGGGAAGAGCUGCAGGUGGAGGUUUUAGAUCACGUCCCCUUGACGACGCAUAAUUUUGUUCGCAAAACAUAUCUGAAACUAGCGUUCUGCGAUAUUUGCCAGAAGUUCCUUCUGAAUGGUUUCCGUUGCCAAACAUGUGGCUACAAAUUCCAUGAGCAUUGUAGCACCAAAGUGCCCACAAUGUGUGUGGACUGGAUCAAUAUCAGACAACUCUUAUUGUGUCAAACGCCCGGCGAGUGCAAUGCCCCGUCUGUGCCACCGCCUUCAUCCCGGCGUAUGAGAGAGUCUUUAACGCGGUUUCCAAGCUCAGCCUACCGUUAUUCUACCCCUCAUGCCUUCAACUACGCACCACCCACUGGUGGCGGUCUCUCCCAGAGGCAGCGCUCCACUUCUACACCAAAUGUCCACAUGGUUAGCACUACUCUGCCUGUAGACAGCAGCGUGAUCGAGGAUGCAAUGCGUGAUCAUGACUCGGCAGGGAGUUCACCCAACCAGGUUCCUACAGGCUGGACCCAAUCCCAAUCCAAAACCCCUGCACCUGCCCAGCGAGAGAGGGCCCCAUCCCUCAACACUCAGGACAAAAAAGCUCAAAUAAGGCCUCGGGACAAGCGGGACUCCAGUUACUACUGGGAGAUUGAGGCCAGCGAGGUUUAUCUGCACUCCCGCAUUGGUUCCGGCUCCUUCGGAACUGUAUUCAAAGGAAAAUGGCAUGGUGAUGUAGCAGUAAAGAUUUUAAAGGUGACAGACCCUACACCAGAGCAGUUCCAGGCAUUCAGAAAUGAAGUGGCAGUCCUCAGGAAAACACGACAUGUCAACAUCCUGUUGUUCAUGGGUUAUAUGACUAAGGACAACCUGGCCAUUGUGACACAGUGGUGUGAGGGUAGCAGCCUCUACAAGCACAUACAUGUCCUGGAGACAAAUUUCAAGAUGAUCCAGCUCAUAGAUAUUGCCAGGCAGACUGCUCAGGGCAUGGACUAUCUUCAUGCAAAGAACAUCAUUCACCGAGACAUGAAGUCAAACAACAUUUUCUUGCAUGAAGGGCUAACAGUAAAAAUUGGUGACUUUGGUCUUGCUACGGUGAAAGCAAGGUGGAGUGGCUCACAUCAGGUGGAGCAGCCUUCUGGAUCCAUUCUUUGGAUGGCUCCUGAGGUUAUCCGGAUGGAGGAUAAUAAUCCUUACAGCUUCCAGUCUGAUGUCUAUUCCUAUGGAAUUGUUCUCUUUGAGCUCAUGACGGGAGAGCUCCCAUACUCCCAGAUAGGAAAUAGAGAUCAGAUUAUCUUCAUGGUGGGAAGAGGCUAUCUAUCUCCAGACCUCAGCAAGCUCUAUAAGAACUGCCCCAAAGCCAUGAAAAGGUUGGUGGCUGACUGCAUCAAGAAAUCCAAGGAUGAGAGGCCACUCUUUCCACAGAUCUUGUCCUCCAUUGAGCUUCUCCAGCAUGCCCUCCCUAAGAUAAACCGCAGUGCCUCAGAACCGUCCCUGCACAGAGCCACUCACACUGAGGAUAUUAAUGCCUGUACUCUGACCAGAGUGCCUGUUUUUUAGAGGCUCAGACAGCACUUCCCCUCCUCCUCGGCUUCCGCUCACCCACCUCCUCUGCCUCAUCGACUUAUAUGAAUUAGCUCAAACAUUCAGUAUUCCCAAACUCUCCAUAAAGAUGCUAAUGUAGAUCGACAGACACAUAUCCAGUCAUACAAGACAUACACACAUACAUGCUAAUCAGUAAAUUAUGUAAGAAAAAGAGGAGAGAGGGAAGUGCAUCUGCAACUAUGGAAGGGAUUGAUUAGUGUUGGAUUGCAUUUGGAUGUACACAUGAAGAGGAUGGCAUAAGAUACGUCAAGGUGAUGUCUUGGUUAUCACCAUAUAUAUAUUUUAAAUGUAUGCCAGGGCUUCUUGCUGGCAUUGGAUUUGGUAUAACUUGUAAAUAAAUGCACGCACACCUACCUAAGACAACCAUGAAUGGACAUUGAAAAAAGCUCAAGACAGAUGUUUCUCUCAGUUUGGGCUCUGUGAUGUGAAGCCUGUUCUCCUACCAGAAUGUUCUGUUCUCUGAUGAAAAGGACUUUUUAAGCUUACCUGCCUUAAGAGGAAAUGAAGCCUGGAUUAACAUCCUGCACAACUUCACCUCCUCCUGUUAUCACAAAGCAGUUGGAUGUAGUCCAUUUAGUUGCACAGUAGUAGUUGAUUUUUAUUUUUAUUUUUUGCAUUGUCUUAAAUGAAAAUGGAGUAGACGUGGGGGGAUUUUUGUCUUUGUUUUUGUGUUGUUUUUUGUUGUUGUUGUUGACUUCUUUUAAUUGUCUUUAUUUUUGGGGGUCCUUUUGGAUGAAUUAUAGCCUGUCAGACAGCUAGCAUAUGUGAUGUUGGAUACAUGCACAUGUUUCAAAGCAAAAGCAAUGGAUAUGUUUCAGCAGUCUGCACAAAGGUGUCAUACCUCUGAGUAAACCGAUACCCACACGUCUUUAUCACUUCUUACUUCGUUAGGUUAUGAUGAGCUGGACAAUAGGCAGUUGUCUUAAAUAUUUAAAAUUCUUUGGAAACUAAUUUGUAUUUGGUUACCAUGUCACUUUCAGGCAGUUAAAUGUUUUAUUGUGAACUUGGUGAGAAAGUUGUUUAUUCGAUAUUUUAAUAAAAAUUAAGUUAAAUUCCUUUGCCAAAA